AGUUCAUGAGGUUCUUGACACGCAUCUCUUAGAUGUGUAAAGACUGUCAGCAGAGGCAGGUCUCUCGGCGAUUGCCUCAGAACCCGCACCCACGUAACUCAUGUGAUCUCCUCCCAGGAACAGUAGCUCUGCCCGACGGCAUUAAUGCUUUCGGCUCCAAGUCUGCAACAAUCUCUCUGGCAAACACAAUGUAUUCUUACAGUUUGUAGCUGUCACGGUUUUAUCAGAGAGGUGAUGACAGCUUUUAGAAUCAAUCCCUGUUUGAAUCAGCGACUCUAUUGAUUUGCUCGUGCGAGAUCGAACGAGCAAUCGUUCAAAUGACUUUGUGAUCGUUCGCACGCCACCGACUACACCAGCUAACGUUGAGCAGGGAGAAGGGAUUGCGGAGGAAGGCUCGACGCAUGUCGAACACACGAUGGGUCGUGGUCUCGUUCUCGGUGUUCCUCUCUCUGCUCCAUGGCCCGCUAUCCCAGAGGUCGGCACCAGCCCCGCCGCCCGCGCUCGACUGCACCGGCGCCAUGAUGAACUUGUCGGCGUGCUUGACAUACGCGGAAGCCGGCAGCAACCUGACCCGCCCUGGCAAGGGGUGCUGCCGUGGCCUCGCCAGCGUCGUGGACACGGAGCCGGUCUGCCUCUGCCAGCUGAUCUGUGACAACGAUGUGUUCGGCGUGGAGAUCGACACUACCAAGGCCCUCGCGCUCCCCACUGCCUGCCGCGUUGACGCGCCGCCGGCGACCCUGUGCGCAGUUCUUGGAGCUCCAAUUGCAAGUCCGUCACCAUCAAGUGGAGAUCCAGAAGAACCAGGUAUGGCUGAAGUCUUCUUCUUCUUGUACGUAGACAUACUUGAGUUUAUGUUAGAAUCUCCAGCAGGAUCCAGUUCAUCGCUGGAAACAGAGACGCCAGCCACCGCACCACCGAACAGCCACAACAGCAGUUCGAGAUACGGGACGACCGGUUUGGCGUUUCUCAUUCUUCUGUCUUUUGUUGAUGUGAUCCUUGCAAGUCUACAUGCGUAGAUGAUAGCCUGACAUAUUGCGGGGAUAGAUCAGCAAUAACAAGCUUAUUCCCGGGACUGCACUUGUUGCUUCUGAAGCAUCUUCUAUUAAGUUGUGUUGGAAACCAAAACUACUUGUAUUAUUUUGCCAUGGAUUCUUUCUGUCUCCUCUAAUCCUCUUCAUUGAUGACUUCUCUAAUCCUCUUUCAUGAUA